GACGACGACGACGUGCGGCCUCGGACACCCGGGGGCCCCCCCUGUUCCGUAAAUUGUUUAAUUCGCCGACCAAUCGGGCGUUUCCUAUUUACUGAAAUUUUUGUAGCCCGGCUCAUCGGCGACCCGAGGCGGUGGUGGGGCGGCCCCGUCCCGCUUACACGGAGUAGGGGACGCGCUGUAUCGGCGGCACGUUUCAGUCGCUGCACGACGCUCGCUGCUCCCGAAGCGGCGCCCCGACAUCCGUUUUUAUUGGAUUUUCGCCUUUUUCAGUUUUUGCGCGCUUCUUUCACGCCAUCCGCAAUCGCUUUUACAGUUUACGUUUUUAUUGUUUAGUCGUCUACGUUUUGUUAUUGGACCGUCAUUUGUUCACUGGAUUAUUUAUUUGCUUUGAUCAUCGUUUGUUGUUGUGACCAGUGGUUUUGGAUUUGACAGUUACAUUCGGAUUGUUUUAUAUAUUUUAUUUUAUUAUUAUUUGGUUUUGUGGUGGUUGUUGAUGCAUUUUGAUUUUGGUGUGAGUGUGGAGAGGAGAUGACGGCCCAUCAGAAGUUCGGACGAUCUUGAGAGUAUCUUGAUGUUGACGACGAUGGCAUCGGUAACGACAGGAAUCCUCUCGCCGAAUUCCUACGGACUGAAUUCAGAUGCCGGCCUGAAAAUGGCGCCGGAGAACGUCGUCGAGGACUACCACCGGUUCCGGGGCUCGGACAACCAGGACAACACCAGCGACUCGGACCAGGACAACUUCGUCGCCUCGCCCAAGAACGAGCAGCCGAAGCGGAACAAGCGCAAGAACUUCAAGCCCCGAUGCUCGAACGUGUCGUACGAGAACCCGCUGAAUUUGUCCGACUACCCGGACAACAACAACGUGAACAACAACGUCGGCAGACGGAAGGCGACGCCCACGCGUCUGGUGGUCGAUCCCCGAUUCUCGCCGAUGGACCUCAGCAAAAACCAGGACAGCGAUUCGGACUCCGAGUCGUACUCGCGGUACCAGAACUCGGACAACGAGAACAGCAGCGAGAACGAUUCGAAGAUACCGUCCAGCUUCUCGAUACACAACCUGUCCAAGCCGCACGUCAGCGACUUCCAGCAUCCGCAGGGCAUGGCCAACAUGCCGAACGCGUCGCAGGGACAGGAUAUGCGCGAGUACGCGAUGAACACGAUGCGCGAACUGCUCGGCAUCUACGGACUGACGUCGGAGGUGGCCGAGAGCAUUUCCCGACAGUUGCCGAUCGCCGCCUUCAAUUCCGGUAAAAUGUUCGAAAACCUAACGCUGAACCCCCCGAAAACCUCCACCUCCCCACUAUCGCAACCCCCCACCCCGCCGUCCACGCCCCUUUCGCCCAAAUCCACCGAAAUGGGCAAAAACGUCGUCAGUGUCGCCAAGACGUCUAGUCAGCAAAUACCUCAGAACUUGGCGGGCCAAAGGGCCAGCUUGAACUUGUCGAAGAAGCCGGAGACGAACGGACUGAACUUCAGCUACUCGAAUUUGGAGAAGACGCUGGACGACAGGCUCAACGACAGCAAGAACACGAGGGGCAUUUUUCCGACGAUGGCACCGUACGCGCAGCUGACCAAGACGGAACCCAACAGUCCGCCACCCUUCGACACCCACCCCCUGAACGCUCUCAUGUCCCAGACAAUGACGCCCACCAUCCCCCGUGAAUCGAUCACCUCCAACCUGCUCCUCAACAAGACCACCAGCCAGCUGGACUACUCCAAGUACGUGAAGAAGUUCACCUCGUCUUUGGAGUGCGGCAGCGCCUACUGCAAAGACCUGAACUAUCGCGAGCACUUCCAUUGUUUGGACUGCAACUCCAGGGUGUUCAUCAAAAAGGAGGAGAUGAUACGCCACUUCAAGUGGCACAAGAAACGGGACGAGUCCCUGCAGCACGGCUUCAUGCGUUACAGCCCCCUGGACGACUGCAGCGACCGCUUCCAAAACUGCACCCACAACAAAAAGCAGACCCACUAUCAUUGUAUCAAAGAAGGGUGCGACAAGGUCUACAUCUCCACCUCCGACGUGCAGAUGCACGCCAACUACCACAGAAAAGACUCGGCCAUCAUCCAGGAGGGCUUCCAAAGAUUCCGGGCGACGGAAGAGUGCGGCGCCAGCUACUGCGCCUUCUUCGGCCAACGCACCACCCACUUCCACUGCCGCCGGACCGGCUGCCGGUUCACCUUCAAGAACAAGAGCGACAUGGAGAAGCACAAGAGCUACCACAUCAAGGACGAGCAACUGUCCCGCGACGGCUUCAAGAAGUUCAUGAAGAACGAGGUGUGCCCGUUCGAGAACUGCCGCUUCUCCAAGGUGUGCAACCACAUCCACUGCAUCCGGCCCCAAUGCAACUACGUCCUCCACAGCUCCGGACAACUGUUCUCCCACAAGCGCAAGCACGAGCGCAAAGACUCCGAGCUGGCCUACAGGAAGUACAAGCUGGCGCAGAGCAUGAUGAAGACUUUGGCCGACGGGUCGGUGGCCAUGCCCCAGUUCGCACGCGACUUCGACAGCAGCUCCGAAGGACUGAACCUGAGCAUGUUCAACCAGUCCAUGUCCACCAUGUCCAACAUUUCCAACACGGAGUCCAACAGCGAAAGGAACUCCCCCGUCAGCUACGAGGAGUCCGAGUCGGUCUCAGCCAUCGACCUGAGUGCCAACGAAAGCAACUCCUACGCACCUGAAGAUGUCAACUGGAACAGCGAGGACUUCUGGAGGAAGUACUGCCAGUUUAUACCGCAGCAGGAGUCGUGCACCGAAAAGUGCGACUACGCCUUCCAGGAUCACUUCCACUGCUUCGUCGAGAACUGCGAAAUGACCUUCAAUUCCAAAGAUGGUGUCAGAGAACACGCCAGAAACCACGAGCAACAAGAGCAAAUAACCGACGCUUACUACACUACAGUGACGGUCCAAAAUGGAGGGUGUGAUGAGGGCUGCAUCUACCAGGACAAGGAGAAGCACUUCCACUGCAACUGGGAUAACUGCCGGGAGGUCAUUCUACCCACCGACAAGCCUUUCAGAAGGCUGGAGCACUACAAAAUGCACGAGUACUCCAGAAAAUUGAGCCUGACCAAAGAUCCGCUGACUAUGACCCACUUGGCCACCUCCAUUGACGGCAUGUUCUGCAGGAAGCGUGGUCGCCCACCAAAGAACCGUGUCAUCGAAGUGUGGAACGAUUAUUCCCCAGUUGGAAACCAAGGACUUAUGGACUCGCCCCAGGCCAUUUUCACCAGCUUCAAGCUCCCCAAGCCGUCGGCUACGCCUUCAAGCAGCCGUGAGGUUGAGCAAAACGAUUCAAAUGAUGACAGAUCCAGUACGCACAGCCCUAACAUUCAAGAUUAUAGUUUGCAAGGCUUCGAAGUGUUCGGCGAAAACACCAAAUGCCCGGACAACCUGUGCCCGUACUUGGGUACCACCCACUACCACUGCAACCAAAACCGUUGCCUUUACGUGACCGACAAGGAAGACGUACUGAUCAUGCACAGCAAAGACUUCCACGACAACAUCGAAAUCCUGGACGGCUUCGAGUUUUACGACAGGAACGUCGACUGCAGACUGCCGAACUGUCCCAGCAACAAGGUCAACCGCCACUUCCACUGCACCAGGCCCAACUGCCAGUACUCGUUCGUGCAAUACUCCACGAUGGCCGUGCACCAACAGAAACACGCCGACGAAUCGGCCGUGGGCGAGAUCAGAGUGAAAACUGAGGCGCAGCUCAACGAAGAACGGCAGGAAAUCGAGCCGCCACAAUUCAAGGCCAUGAAUCUGAGCCAAACCGGCGGCGAAAGCAAAGUUUCCGUGGUGAAGGCUUCUGGAACAUUUUAUCCUCUGUCAACUUUGACUCCUGAAAAACAUUCUACAGAUAAUAAAGUAUCUCCAGAACCUACGCCAAUAAUUGAGACGACGAACAAUUCCAGCACCUUGUACGGACCAGAAUUGAGUUGUUCCAGGCCUUUUUGCAAGCUCAAGCGCAAAUAUCAUUACCACUGCAACUUGUGCAAUCAGGCUUUCUCAGAAAUCGACAGACUUGUUGUCCACGUGGCGAAGCACAGUACCGGCGCCUUGAACCAGAUGCACGAAGACAACAACAACCAAAACACCUCGCCCCCACCUCAAGUCAAAACGGAGGCGAAGAUCCAAGUGGCUCCGCUACAAUCCUUACAAAACCCCAAAGAGGAAACGUACAUAACACCAACGUUCGACGCGUACAACCACUUCACCAACUUCCCAGCCAACCUGCAGUUCGCCUUGAUGCAACAGCAGAACGCCUACGGCUUGUACCAGAACGCAGGUCUGCCCUCGCAGCUCAUGUUCCAACACCAGCUGAUGCAAAACCCCCUGCUGGCGGCCCAAACCCCAUACCCAGCAGAAAACUUAACCAACCCCUUGGCCCAGAUGGCCGCCAACUUGAACAAACGCAGCCUGUCACCCCACCACGAAAUGUCCCCGGAAGCCAAGAAGGCCAGAGUACAAAACUCCAUGCGAAUCCUCAAAGACGAGCCAGUACCCGAGGGCUAUCUGCGGUUCAGGUUCAACGAGGACUGCCACUACCAGCACUGCGGCUACAGGGAGCACCAGACCCACUUCCACUGUCAGCGACAGGACUGCGGCUACAGCUUCUGCGACAAGACCAGAUUCGUGCAGCACACGGCCCGACACGAGCGCCUCGACACGCUGAUGGGCGGCGACUUCCAGCAGUACCGCGCCAACGUGGCCUGCGGCCGGCCGGACUGCGCCUACACCGCCAACUUGGGCAACACGCAGAACAAAGCGUCCCACUUCCACUGUCUCAAGUGCGACUUCGUGUGCACCGACACCAACAAGGUGGUGGCGCACAGGCGGCAGCACCAGAAGCUCGACUCGAUCCAGGCGGCCGGGUUCGAGAAGUUCACGCCCAGCCAGCACUGCAGGGUGCAGAACUGCCAGCACAGCGGCAAGCAGACGCACUACCACUGUCUGCAGUGCCAGUACGCGGUGUUGGGGCUUGCGCAGAUGAGCGCCCACAAGUACAGGCACAUGGAGGGUUGAUCUGUACAUAAUUUUGUUGUACAUACGUGUUUUUUUUUUCUGUACAAAUUAUUUGAUAAGUUUGUAAAAUUGUAUAUAGGAGAAAUGUAUUACCUCAUGUAUUUGAUAUGGAGGAAAAAACAAGGAACAAUAAUUUAUUGACUGAGAUUAGAUCUAAAACUCAAAGUUAUAAAAGUCCCAAUGGGAAUUUUGAAAGACGGGAAACGUGUACAUACUAAUUAUACAUGUCGGGCGGACGCCCAAUGUGAUAAACAGCGAGUUUUUAUUUAGUAUUAACUGCUAGGGAACAAAAAGUAAUGUAAAAAAGACAUAGUUACGGUAGUGUUGAGUAGAUAGAUAUUAUAGAUGAGGCCUUUGUCGAAAAAAAAACAAUAGUUUAGUGCCUUAGCGAAAGACAGAAUUAAGAAUUUUCGUGCCUUUUUGGGUACUUUUUACGAGUAGAUUUUAGCGUCCGAUCAGGUUAAAGUUUUUUUAGACUAUGGAAAUUUUCUAGAUUAAAAUCAACUCUGUAUCAUUCCAUAAGUGCCAUAUUUAAAACUAUUUAACAGAAGUAGAUUUUUUCAUAUAGAGUGUAGAAUAUAUCUAUAUAUCUUAUAGUAUCAUAUCCUUAAGAACCCAUUUCUCUUUUUUAAUUAUUUAUGUUACUUGUAUCAUGCUCAAUGUUUUAUUUAUUUUACAUUUUUUUCAGUGAAUCGAUUUGCCAUAUUGUUUUUUUCGUUGUGCUAACUCUGCAUGACAUUUUUAUUCUUCUUAUCCGUAUUUUUUUUUAGCUAGUCCUUUUUGUUCGAUUUUAUUAUUUGCUUUAUUUCUGUUUCUAUUGUAUCCAGAACAGUAUGUAUACGUUAUAAACAAAAAAUGUACGUGUAUCAUUAAAAUGAUUUAAAAAAUUUUAUCUCGUAAGAUUGUAUUUUUUAAUUUAAGGUAUAUGUAGGUUUUUCGAGGAUGUAUGAUUUUUCCCCCCCUGUAUGGAUGGAUUUUGUGAUGUAUGUUUUUUUUAAUUAAAAAAACGUCAGUAUUUAUAACAUAAUGGUAUUUAAUUGUUUAAACCCUUAUCCCUAAUAAGCAUUUUGGUGCAAAAACUUCAUAAUUUACAUCACAGAAUAAAUAAGUUACUAAUACUCUGUGAUUUGUAUUAUUAAAGGUAAGAAUAUAAGAAAAAAUAAGUGACAUUAAUCAAUUAUUAAUGUGGUACGUAUAGAAACUUUAAGAAAUAACAACAAAUUUCAUUUUACAGAUCU